UGUUAACGGUGCUUGCCACUGAAGUCAGAAGCCGGCUAGUGCAGAGGAAAGGAGAUACUUUGCCAGAGCGAAAGACAGCAGAAGUCGAUGUGCCAUUCUGCCAACGCACCGAGCCGCGAGGAGUGGCAUGGAAAAACUGGAUUGAUCGAAGCAGGCUUGUUGACGCAUAAUCCCGCCCCGCGCUGUUCACUUCGGGAGGGGGAAAUCCAGUUUGCCUGAACUCAAAUCCUCCGAAAGAGAUUUAGCGAGGUCUGCUUGCUCGCACUCUCAGUUGCAUACCGGUACCCUGCUCAGAGUUCUUCGUUUGGAUUGCAUUCGUUGACCGUCUGGAUGUCAGUCGUAACUGUCGGCCUAUUUUGAUGUUGGGAUUUUUUUGCGUCUCUCAACCACAAAAUAAACAAGUAAUUUCGUAUACAUUUGUUAUAUCGUUAUAGACAUUACAGGCUAUAGCAACACUAGUGAAAUCAGCGCUGUCAUUGCGUAGCCUAAGUGUAGCCUGUUUGAUGCGCGGUGAGGUGCGGACAAGACCUGCCAAUAUAAACAUUUGAUCAUUCUGUUGAAUCUACCGGAGAAUUGGAGACAUGACAAACCCCCCGCUGGUCUCGCAGCCCGCCUGCUGACGGUAACGGGCAUGAUGGAAGUAGGUCUAUCGGUCUCAGGAUCCCGAACUAACCGAUUUAUCAAUGGAGGAGGAGAGUGACGCCCGGAAAAUCAACAACAGCUUUCUACGCGACCAUAACUAUGCAACCGAAGCUGACAUUAUCUCGACGGUGGAGUUUAACUCUUCGGGGGAGCUUCUGGCCACAGGGGAUAAAGGAGGAAGAGUGGUCGUCUUCCAGAGAGAGCAGGAGAGCAAGAGCCAGCCACAGAGGCGGGGAGAGUACAACGUCUACAGCACGUUCCAGAGCCACGAGCCUGAGUUUGACUACCUGAAGAGUCUGGAGAUCGAGGAGAAGAUCAACAAGAUCCGAUGGCUGCCGCAGCAGAACGCCGCCUACUACCUCCUCUCCACCAAUGAUAAGACAGUGAAGCUGUGGAAGAUCAGUGAGAGGGACAAGCGUCCGGAGGGCUACAACCUGAAGGAUGAGGACGGCAGGAUCCGAGACCCCUCCACCAUCACCUCCCUGAGGGUGCCUGUGCUGCAGCCCAUGGACCUGAUGGUGGAGGCCACGGCCAGGCGUGUGUUCAGCAACGCCCACACCUACCACAUCAACUCCAUCUCCGUCAACUCCGACCUGCAGACCUUCAUCUCCACGGACGACCUCCGUGUCAACCUCUGGAACCUGGAGAUCACAGACCGCAGCUUCAACAUUGUGGACAUCAAGCCGUCCAACAUGGAGGAGCUGACGGAGGUGAUCACCUCGGCGGAGUUCCACCCCCAGCAGUGCCACACCCUGGCCUACAGCAGCAGCAAGGGCUCCAUCCGCCUCUGUGACAUGAGAGAGGCCGCACUGUGUGACAAACACUCCAAGUACUUUGAGGAGCCUGAGGAUCCAUCCACUCGUUCCUUCUUCUCAGAGAUCAUCUCCUCGGUCUCUGACGUCAAGUUCAGCCACAGUGGACGCUACCUGCUGACCAGAGACUAUCUCACCGCCAAGGUGUGGGACCUCCAGAUGGAGAACAAACCCCUGGAGACCUACCAGGUCCAUGACUACCUGAGGGGCAAGCUGUGCUCUCUGUAUGAGAACGACUGCAUAUUCGACAAGUUUGAGUGUGUCUGGAACGGCUCAGACAGUGUGAUCAUGACCGGUUCCUACAACAACUUCUUCCGGAUGUUCGACCGGAACACCAAGCGGGACGUGACCCUGGAGGCUUCCAGAGAGAACAGCAAACCCAGGGCCAUCCUCAAACCCCGCAAGGUGUGCGUGGGCGGCAAGCGUCGUAAGGACGAGAUCAGCGUGGACAGCCUGGACUUCAGUAAGAAGAUCCUGCACACCACCUGGCACCCCCAGGAGAACAUCAUCGCCGUGGCGGCAACCAACAACCUCUACAUCUUCCAGGACAAGGUCAACUAGAGGUCAACCCCCGGGCCUCACGACCCCUGACCCCAACGCAUGAGGGGCGGGAGGGAGGGAGAUGAAGGAUGGAGGAAGGAACGGAGGGAUGGAUGGAGUAAGAGGAAGAGAGAUGGAUCCCCUGUAUGUACAGUGUGUUGUCCUGGGUGAGAUCCUGGUGUCUGGUAAGACUGCUGACCUGCUGUUACACAGCUCUGCUGGGGUGCAGAGUUUUUCGAGACGAGGAAUUUUGGGGAGGCACGGAAAAUUGAGAGUUCAGACUCUGAAAUUCUGGAAUGUGGUCGAUCGGGAGACGGAAUACACUUGAGUGAAAGAGGCUUCUGGACCAGAUGGAAAACGAGACGUGUUCUGCACAAACCACUCCGACUCCCCGAUACGACUUCUUAUUUAUUUUCUUUUGUCAUGCGACGCUGUGAAGAAUGUGGGGGCUGCAUAUUCAUACUGACUGGCAGGCGAAUUCUGGACCCAUGGACUAAGAUGUAGCAUCCCUCGAACACCUUUGUCUGUGGAUAAACAUGGGAUAUGGGGACAUUAAGCAUAGAGCACACAGUUCAAUUCUGCCUGUCCUGGAGGAAGUGUGUGACGUAGCAACGUCUCCCUGUUUACCCUGCCUACCCACCAGUCUAUUGGCUGGGACAGGACAGUUGUCAGGGUGUCGUCUCUGGACAGGAAAAGACUGUUCCAUUCCGACCCCUGACCCUUCUCAAUAGCCCCGGAGCUGAGAGGGGGAUUGUUUCCGCCUGCUGUGAACCAGCCUGGUGAAGGUUGAUCUCUCUCUUUUUUUUUCCAUGUUCCGUGUCUCCAGUAGGGGGCAGCAAGUCAAUGUGAACGAGGCCUUCGUAGGCUUGGUACGAUGGUUUGAUUUAAAAUGCUGUAAUUGUUUUCCUUUUUUUCUUCUCUUUGGUCGAUGAUGAUUCUGUUUUAGAAGCUGUGGUGCCUUCUUUUGGUAUGUGGGGUUUGAUGUUUGGGGAGGGAGGGGGGUUGGGGGGGGGGGGGGGGUGUUGACCGGGGUGAAGGGAGGGGGGAUGGGGUGGAGGAAGAGUAGGAGUGUGAAUGUAAAAAAAAAAUGAAAAAAAGAAAUGUUAUAAGAAAUGUUUACCUAAAUCUUAGUUUAAAAAAGGCUUUUUAUUCUCUGUCUGUAAAACUAAAAAGUCCCCCUCCACACACACACACACACUCACACACACUCUGAUAAAGAAGUACUGGAAGCCACGAGUACACUUACAUUAGCACACUGACUGCAUGUGUGUGCUCGGCGGAGGUAACCAACCUGGGUCCCACCACCGGUGCAGGGCAGCCGUGUGUGUAAGUAUAACUGCUAAUGCACUAUAACCCUGCAGUUGGUCUGAUCUCUAACCAAUUAAAAGACAAAAGCGCUACUGACAGACGCCAUUCAAACAACCAAUAGAGAGACAUGUCCAAGUGUGGACGUCUGUGUCGAACAAUGUUGAUUUAAGUCGCCACCGUCAACAGGAACCGCGGAUGACGUCCCCCGACAUCCACGAACCCUCCGUGGGUUCAUAAAGGGACGCCGGCUGCAAACUCGUUGGUGUGCAGUGACUCUUCAGCCACCCUAGCGUGGUGUUGCAUGAAGCGUUUGAUACACGGAACUGUCCGUCUGCAUACGGUCCCCCUGCGCAUCCUCCCAUACACAGCAGGAUACAGGCGCAGUGCUUCUAGGCAGCACCACGUCCUCAGUCUGGUCAGGAGCUCGAGACUGUGUGCCAGUGCCUGUCAAUGUUUCAGCUCCACUUUAUUUGAAUGUGCUCCUCUCCCUGUGGUCGGUCUUCUCGCUAUCGACAAACUACAAGCUGCAACUCGGCUGAGAUGCAGGAUAGGGGUUUGGUGAGCGGUCAGUUGAGUCGCUGUCCUUGCUUGGUACAAUAGGAUCUAUAGAGGAUCUGCUCAGUUUACUCUCCAGAUAACGUACUGUCUUUAAUACAUUUCUGCCCCUUAACUGUAAAACGAAUUUCCCCUAUUCGACACAUUGAAUUUCUAAUAACCCCAGAGUAGGAUGAUGCUAUGCGGUUGUCCGAGAGCAAUUUUGCUUUGUCUUCUUGUUUGUCAAGAUUAGGAUUUGGAGGCCAGCUCAGCUGAUCCUAGAUAUGAUGAGUUUUUGAGAUAUGAGGCAGUAUCAUCACAAUGACUAAACAGUAACAAGGGGCUCUGUAAAAUCAGGGAAUUUUAGGUAUGAUUCCUUUAAACAGUCAUUUCUUC